UUCCUCUGCUGGGCACGUCAGCUGAGCCUGUGACCGCUGAAGAGGAGCGUUGCGCAAGCGCGACCAAGACGGUCACAGGUAACUCCCAUCUGACGGGCGAGGCGUCGCCGUCGUCGCCGGAAGUUCGGCGUAUUGGCACCGCGGGAGAGGCGGCGGUCGCGGCAGCAGCAGCUGUCUCCUGAUACCCGGAUGUGAGGCGAUCCGCAGGCUCGCGUUGGACCCUCGGCCGGGAGCGAGGAAGAUUAGUUCCCAAACACAGGAAGUUAUUAGAAGCACCAUUCAUUGGAAACAUCAUCAGUCAACUUAAAGAAACAGUGAUAUGUGAUUUCUGUCUUAGUAAGCCUACUUAAUUGUGAAGAGUGAAAACAAGGAUGAAGACAUUUAUGAUGAUCCACUUCCAUUUAAUGAAUAGUAAAUAAUCAUCAUGCCAUACAGUUAAUAAACUUACCUGUUGUGUGUGUGUCUUCGUGUGAAAAUCUAAUAACUGUAUGGCAAGAACUGUCUGAGACGUUUUUUUGUCAUCAUCAUCAUUGCUUAAGUAUUCAUCGUGUAGAAAAUCAUGACAAGACUUAUGUGGAAGUGGAUAGCCUAUCCUUACAUAGGCAUAAGGUGCUGUGUAAUGUGUUAAGAGGAUACUUUAAGGAAUGAUUUUGCCAAAUUUUCAUGAGUUAUGGUGGCUGAAAGAUCAAUUCUGUCUUGUGGGAAAAGAAUUAAAUGGCAGCACAAAAGGAAAUCUCUAUUAAUAGAGUAUUUUAUUAAACGAAAGAGGUUAGAUAAGAACUUUAAACUAACAGUCUCAGCAAACAAGGAAAGAAACCUGUUAGCUGUAAGACAUGUUUCAAAUGAAUCGAAGUCCAGUAACUGUAGACUUCAGAAGAAAAAAGUUUUCAAAAUCUUUGUCAAAACAGGUCAGUGAUAAAUAACUCCUCCAGUAAUAGGGCUAGGCCUGAAAACCAUUAUUAAUUGAAAAAUUAACAAAACAGAUCGAACCUGAAUUAAGUUUUUUUUUUUUUCAUAAAAAGCUUUAGAAAUAUCAAAUUAGAAUUAAAUUUUCCUCAAAUUUCUAUUGCCUUGUCCAGAAGUAAAGCAAGUAUCUUUCAGGCUUCAUACCAGCUUUUCUCAUGUCCUAGGGAUGACCGAAACCUUACUUGAAGCAAACUAGUAUUUUUGUUGAAAAUGUACAUCAGCCUCAAAGUUGAUUUUUAAGACCUCCUCAAUAAUAAUACUAGACAUUCAGCAUUCACACCUACCAGGACACGAAAAUCCUCUCAAAAGCUACUCAGAAAAGGAGGACUUUACUCAGGAAUGAUGUCCAUUCAGGAGAAAUCAAAAGAAAAUUCCUCCAAUGUUAUUAAAAAAAGUGAAGAUAAGAAUUUAGAGACACAAAUUCAAGGUUCUCAAUCAAAUCUGGCAAAAAAAUCAGGUCCAAAGGAAACUGUAAAAUCACUGGUUAAAUCUUCUAGUGAAAGUAAAAUAAAUCAGCCUGAAUUAGGAACAUGCAUGAGUACAAGGUCAGCAAAAGCUGCAUCCAGUGAUAAAAAAGCUAGUAAAUCCAGUAGUAAAAAUAUGGUGACUGUGAAGGGACAUUCACAACAAGAAUCUACAAAAAAAAAGAAGAAAUUACCUCAGAAAAAUUCAGUGCAUGGAACUUCUAAAUCAAAUGAACAACUUAAUCGGAGAUCACAAAGACUACAACAGUUAACAGAAGUUUCAACAAGGUCUCUACGUAAUAGAGAAAUUCAAGGUCAGGUUCAAGCAGUUAAACAGACUUUGCCACCAAGAAAAGAGCACUGUAACAAUUCUCAAAGUAAAUCUAAUAAAGUUAAAACAAGUCAAAAACAUGUGAAAAGAAAAGUACCAGAAAUAAAGUCUGAUUCUAAAGAGGAUGAACAUCUAGUAACUAAUGAAGUAAUAAAUUCCCCCAAGGGAAAAAAACGCAGAGUAGAGCAUCAAACAGCUUAUACUUGUAGUUCUCAGUGUAUAAAAGGAUCUGAAAAGUAUCUUCAGAAGAAUGUUAAGAAAGAGGAAACAAAAUCUGUGCCUGUAACUUCUGAGAUAAAAAGUUCAAAAAUGAUUACUUCAGCGGUCUCUAAAAAGAAUGAGGUAAAGAAAUCAGUUCAUACGCACGUAAAUACUAGUGCAAAAUCCCAAAAAAGUCCACAGCCAUCAGUGCCUGAACAAAGUGUAGAUAAUGAGCUGGAGCAAGCGGGAAGGAGCAAACGAGGUAGCAUUCUUCAGCUUUGUGAAGAAAUUGCUGGUGAGAUUGAGUCAGAUACUGUAGAGGUAAAAAAGGAAUCUUCACAAAUGGAAAGUGUAAAGGAAGAGAAGCCUACAGAAAUAAAAUUGGAAGAGACUGAUAAUGAAAGACAAAUACUUCAUCAGAAGGAAACAAAUCAGGAUGUUCAUUGUAAUCGUUUCUUCCCCAGUAGGAAAACAAAGCCUGUGAAAUGUAUACUAAAUGGAAUAAACAGCUCAACUAAAAAGAACUCCAACUGGACUAAAAUUAAACUCUCAAAGUUUAACUCUGUGCAGCAAAAUAAGUUGGACUCUCAAGUUUCCCCUAAAUUGGGCUUAAUACGAACCAGUUUUUCACUACCAGCCUUAGAAAUGCAUCAUCCAGCCACUCAAAGUACAUUUUUAGGAACAAAACCACAUAAUGAUAAAAAUAUAGCUUGCCAGCAGGAAGAAAUGAAAGAAAUUAAUUCUGAAGAAGUUAAAACUAAUGAUGUUACAGUUGAAGUUAAUAAAACCACAAAAAGGGCUCCUGAAAAUUGCCAUUUGGAUAAUCAGAUAAAACCACCUCCUGACCCACCAUUGGAUAACCAGAUGAAAGAGUCUUUUGAAUCAACACCAGAUAAGGAUUUCAGUCUUUGUUUGGAAUCCAAGCUUGAAAACAGUCCAGUGGGAAAUAUCUCUACUGUUUCAGCUCUGCUCGGUCAAGCAAAAAUUGAUACAGGAGAGAAUAAAUUUCCAGGUUCAGCUCCCAAACAGCAUACUAUACUCAGUAAUCAAACAUCUAAGACCAGUGAUAACAGGGAGACACCACCAAAUCAUUCGUGGCCUAAGUGUAAUUCCCAUUUGGAGAUAACAAUUCCAAAGGUUUUGAAACUAAAAGAAGCAGAGAAAGUUGAUGAAAAACAGUUGAUCAUAGAUGCAGGACAAAAAAGAUUUGGAGCAGUUUCCUGUAAUGUUUGUGGCAUGCUUUACACAGCUUCAAAUCCAGAAGAUGAAACACAGCAUCUGCUCUUCCACAACCAGUUUAUAAGUGCUGUAAAAUAUGUGGGUUGGAAAAAAGAAAGAAUUCUGGCUGAAUAUCCUGAUGGCAGGAUAAUAAUGGUUCUUCCUGAAGACCCAAAGUAUGCUCUGAAAAAGGUUGACGAAAUUAGAGAGAUGGUUGAUAAUGAUUUAGGUUUCCAACAAGCCCCACUAAUGUGCUAUUCCAGAACUAAAACACUUCUCUUUAUUUCUAAUGACAAAAAAGUAGUUGGCUGCUUAAUUGCGGAACAUAUCCAGUGGGGCUACAGAGUUAUAGAAGAGAAACUUCCAGUUAUCAGGUCGGAAGAAGAAAAAGUCAGAUUUGAAAGGCAAAAAGCCUGGUGCUGCUCAACAUUGCCAGAGCCUGCAAUCUGUGGGAUCAGUCGGAUAUGGGUAUUCAGCAUGAUGCGUCGGAAGAAAAUUGCUUCUCGCAUGAUUGAAUGCCUAAGGAGUAACUUUAUAUAUGGCUCAUAUUUGAGUAAAGAAGAAAUUGCUUUCUCAGAUCCCACUCCUGAUGGAAAACUAUUUGCAACACAGUACUGUGGCACUGUCAUUCCUGAUGUCGUCAUUUGCCUAACAGAGUGUGUAACUUUUUAAAAAAGAGGAUGAAAUUUUCAGGUAUAGUAUUGAUGCUCUAAUAAUUUAAUCUCAUAAUACAGAUCCAAUUUCAGUAGAAGCCAUAGUAUGCUUCUUUGGGGAGCCAAACUUGGUGGUUUUGGGGGUACCUGGGAAUAGAGAAUAUACAUUGGUUGAUUUAAAUGUUACAGUUAUAAGAAAAUCAUUAUUUUCAUGUUUAUAUUGAAGACCUAGUCCCUCAAAUAACUUUGCAGUCUAGGCUUUCUCUAAGAAUAGUAUUAAUAACAUCUAACUUUUGAGUGAUUGCUAUGUGUCAGACCUUCUGUAUAGUGCUGCAUUAUUUUAUUAUGACAACUCAAGUGAGGGAUUUGGAGACUGCUGUAGCGGUUUGUGUGAAAAAUGUUGAAACACAGAACUAAAGCUGUGAUUUGUUGAUGAAGAGACAGAUAAACUUGGAGAAGAUACAAUUGAAGAACUGUAAGAGUUGAUAACUGACUGGAGAAGGAUCAUGGGUAAUUUGGGUAACUGGAUAGUGGAUUGACUGAGAAGGGAAUACUGGAGAAUUAUGUUGGGAGGAUUGGACCAGAAAGGAUGAGCUCAAUUUUGGGAAAGAUUUUGAGAUGGUUGCAGAAUCUCCAAGUGGAGAUACUUGUUUGGUAUAUAAUUCUAUAUAUUGGUCUAGAGUUACAGAGAAGUUUGAACUAAGGAGAUUUAUUAACCUAGUUAUCCAAAGGUUUAGAAGAGAUGUCCUCACCCUGGCGUUUGUAAAAUGAGAGGGUAGGAGAGAGUUGUGAAGAAAACCAUCACUUAAGAGUCUCGAAGAAGAGUAUCUGGAAAGAGGUAAGAAGAUCAGAAGAGAGUGGUAGAAACCAAGGAAGAGUUUUAAAAAGCAAGAAUGGUCAGUACUAUCACAUUAUAAUUGAAGACCAAAGAGUGAUCUUUACAGAGUGGUAGAGGGAGAAUGGACACUGUCCACACUAAUGGCCACAGUCAGACUUCAAAAGAAGUGAUUCUGUAAUUGUGAUUUUAUAAAUAUGCCUAUGAAUUUGUCAGCUGCCCUUAAAUAGUUAUUUGGGGUGCCUGGGUGGCUCAGUGGGUUGAACAUCUGACUUGAUUUUGGCUCAGGUCAUUGUCUCAGGGUUGUGAGAUUGGGCUCCGAUUGGACUCUGCUAGAGAUCCUCUGUUCCCUUCCCCCUUGCACUCAUGUUUGCAUGGGUGCAUGCUCUCUCAAACAUUGAGAAAGCUUUUAAAAAAUGUCUAGUAUAUAGACCUUAUAGGAACUACAAGUAUAGGCAGGAACUACAAGGUUUUAUGGGCUAUGCCCUUUUCUACAUGGAUAUGCAAAUGGUUUUCUUAUAUAUUGCAAGAAUUCUUAAAAAAAAUCAUUUUACCAGUGAGUGAAGCAUGACUGUUGUUAAGGACAAGUACAGUAGACAUGCAGGGACAUUUUAAUUGUUCUUGCUUAUCUUGCAUGGCUGCCCAGCUGUAGUCCUGCCUAACCAUAUUUUACCAGGAGUUAAGAUUGCUGAGUUGGUUUCUGGAGAGUGACUGCAGACAUACAUAUGUUUUCUACCUCAUUCUCAUGGCUCUUGGUCCUUUUGGCACAUAAAGGGAAGAUACUGUCUCACAAUAACCCCUCCUUCCACCACACCAUUCUUGUAAAAAUAAAAUACACUGGACUACUUACAGAACAAAGAAGUGGUCAGAAAACAACUUAUUGUUGCCUUCUCUUUCUUAGAACUUACUCUGUCGUCAUAGUCACUGAAGUGUGGAUGCUUAGCUCAGUACUUGAUAGUGAAGAGCAGAAGUAAUUUAUUGUGUGAAUGGCUUUAAACCUUGGCCACAGAGGCCCUUCCUGAAAUCACCUUUUGUGAUGGUUUCUUUCAGUGAAACCAGGCUGUUAGUGUUGGAGCAGUGUUUUCCUAGAGAAAGUUUACGGGUCAGUCUCCAUGACUAAAGAGAGGCCUGAGGAAUAUUUGUGGCCUGGAUGUUGUUCCAGCUUUAGGUGGUUGAAUACAGAGGUAGAACAGUCAAAGUUUCACAGCUUUUGGUCUUUCCAGUGGAGUAGCUGCUUUGGAAUAUGUACUGGAACGUUGGCAGUUUCUGCUUGCUCCUGAAAUCUGUCACCACACUUAACAAAUGUUUAUCGCCCUUCCUGAGGUAAAAGGCCAGUGGUCCUUGGCCUAGAAGAGUGUUUUCAUGGUUCUUUAUCCAGAUCUACUAGGCUAACACUCUUCACAUAAUAGAACUGAAAGGCAUUUUUCUGGAAUAACAUAUUCUUAAAAGUAGGUAGUUUGGAAAUAAGAUGGUGAUGAACACCUUCUGUCAAACUGCACAGUUCUAGCAACCCAGAGUUCUGCUUCUGAGGACACUGAAAUGAGUAUAGUUGCCAUCUAUAAAAGAUUGGGGUUAUACUAGGAGUAUUUCUAAUACCUCUAAAAUCAUUUUUAGAUCUGUCAUCCAUAAUUUGGAAUUCUGCAAGGGCAUGGGGUGUGGAUACUUUAUAUGUGUGUAUAUCUUUGUAAAAGCUACAGAUUUUCAUUCAACAAGUAUUUAUUUAACAUUUUCUUUGUUACUCCAGAAUUGUCAAAUCUUAGGUUGGAUGACUCAGUGAUAUGUGGACUUCCUGUCUUUUUUGGACAUUGCCAGUAGUAGGGAGCUCAUUCCGGUUUUGAACAUACCAGAAAAUUAAUGUAAAGGAAAAUUUUUUAAGGGGGUGGGAGAGAAUUUUAAUACAUUCACCAAAUUAAAUGAAAGGACAACAUACUGUAGACACAACUUAAGACAAUUUAGAAUCAUAAACAAAAUGUGAGGUAGACCAACUAGUGAAAUUCACCAAAUUUUGGUUAAGAAAAUUUUACAGUAAUAAAGGAACACAGGUACCUCCUUUUCUAAAAAUCACAAAAAGCAAUUGCAUAAAUUACAGCCAAAAUAAUUGAAUACAACAAUUCUCAUUCUAAUUUUAGUUUACAUUCAGUAUUAACCUGUGUGAACUGUCCUACAUGGCAAGGUUCAACAGGUCUAUAGAUCAAUUAUUAUGCAGGCCUAGCAAACACAUUCAUACCACAAUGUUCUACAGGAUGGCAAGGCUUGAAGCUGAACACACCAAGGUAUGUAUUAACAAAUCAUGGUGUCCUAUGCUUGUGCAAUUUUAUCCUUAAAGGAGAAGGACCUAACAUUCUCUAAAGAAUUAUACUGAUAAGGUGAUUUUAAAAGAUCCAAACCUUAGUAGUACAGGCAUUGAAAAGAAUAGGCAGGUCAGUUUGAAUUCUCCAUCAUUGGGAUGAUGGUCUUUUGGCUUUCUUCUGGCAUUCUCUUUCACAGGGUUAAAUAGUAUUUAAGAGAUCACAGUUAAUUUGACUUUUUUUUUUU